AUGGACUCGCAGAGGUAUAAGGACCACUGCUUGAUUAUCGUUGGCGAUGGUGGCGCUGCGGACGAAGUCCUGGCGCAUCGCCGGCUGGCGGCGGGGGGGCGUCUUUUCCACAUCCUGACCAAAGGGCGGGAAGACCAGCGUGUGAAGGUCCAGGCAUUCGACGAAGAGGAUGAGCAGGUCUUCACAUGGCAACCGCCCAGCGCAUCGCGAGGGAUCAGCGCCUUCGGCCGGAAAAUCGGCGCAGGCGUCCGCAGAUACUGGACCAAGAUCGGUCCAGACUCCAUCGAGCUGCGGCCCACAGAACGGAUCGAGAUAUCCAAAGUGGACGGAAAGCUGAGGCACGUGGUGAUCUACAACUACGAGACCAGGGACGUCCUGAUCGAGAUGUCAGGCCAUGUGGAGCUGAAUCCAGACGUAGAGACUGCGGAGACGCUGGAUGUAGAGGUGCACAUCAACGACAUGAAGGCUUUUGGCAUGCUUUCUUGGCGCUGGGUGAUCCUUGGCUCGGUCAUCCAGUUCCUCUGGUUCUUGGCGAGGUUCUUGUUCUCCAUCUACCUGGAGCGGAAAGCGCAGCAGGGCACCUUGGAGAAAUGGCAGGUGGGAGCGUGGAGGCUUCGAAAUGUGGUCAAUGAGCCUGGCUGGCGUCCGUGCUCUGGCUACAGCUAUGCUUGUGCAGAGCUCCAAGCAAUCCAGCCGCUUCCCGCCCUACAAGCUGCCGCCCACACGUGGCGCCAACGCCUGCAUUCCACUGCUCCAACAUCCCUUCCUCCUCCCUGCUCCGAUGGAGCUGCGGUGCGUUGGCCAGUGCUCUCAGCUUGGCGUUGGCUCGUUCCCCUUCCGGGCUGGGAAGCCAAUCUUUCCACCGAUGUGGCCGGCAGCAGCAGAGUCGCCACCAACCGGGAAAGAGGUAGUGAUCUGGCGUACCGGGGUGUCAUCCCCCGCUUCCUGGGGGUAUCGCUGUGCAACCUGUCCCCCCUCGAGGCAGACAGCCUGCGACAAGCAGAGCUCGAGCUCUAUGCCACCCUUCGCCAGCCGGGGGCCUUGCAGCAUGAACUCCAGCUCUUGUCCAAGAGUCGGACUGCCAUUCUUCCCGCGGUACGCCUCACGCAGUGCCUGCUGCUCGGCCUCCGGAAACUUCGGCAGGCUUACCAGGCACGCACUACCACUUGGCUAGCUUUGUGCCGUGCUGCUCUGCCAGCUGCUGACGGCGAUAUGCCCGGGGAAGGUCAGGUUGAUGACCGACCGCCACUCCGUAAUUCAUCUUCUUCCCUCACAGCCUGGCUCCAGUCCGACGCAGGACAAAGACUCAUCCGUGAGCUGCGCUGGGCUUUGCUUCGGCCUGAGGCCGCUGCGGCACGUCUCCGAUCUAUGCAUCCCUGUGGGCGCCUGUCAGAUUCUACCAUCAUCAGCCUGCUCCUCCAACAUGGCGGUGCCAUCAUCUCCGAAACGCUGCCGUCCUGGGCCCCAGACUUACCCUCGUGGUCAGAGGCCUCCUCAGCCCUGGCAGUGCCCUGCACCUGUGUCCCGGUGCUUCCUGCACCUUUAGCCUGCUGCUGGACUUGCGGUGGGGUGCGUCUCCCGGAGCUGCCCAUUGUGCCCCUACCUUGCAUCUGGUGCAAACAGGCUGGUCCUGCGGCAUGCGUUUCCUGCAACAUCACCGUUCACCCCAGGGGAUCCUGCCGCUGGUACUCUGGUGCACAUCGGGCCUACCACAGCUCCUCCCCAGCGCUCCAGCUGUGCCCGGAUUGUUGGUGCACUUGGGCACGCCUUCUCGCCGCUAGCCCUCGCCGGCGUCGACCUACAGCCUCACAGGAGCUACUGUCGCACCUCUGUGCUGCGGCCGAACAGUGCCAGCAAGGUGCCGGGUCCUCGGCCGUGCACAAGCCAGCCCUCCGCCUUAAGCACAUUCGCAGGUGGGCUUUGGCCUUCAUACGCCGUCACGGCGGCACGUCCGUCACUGCUCUUCAGCAGGAGCUUUGCCGUAGAGAGCCCAGCCUUGCUGACGAUGCAGCCAAUCGGCUCGUACUCUCAGCCUCUCGAGCACUGUGUGCCGAAGGCCACGCCUACUUAGAGCGAGACACGCUCUGCCCGGCGCUCGAGUAA